AACACCUGACGUACACCCUAAACUGGAAGAAGCUGCCAGGGACAGUUAACGUGACAGCCAAUAUGCAGGCCCAUAAGCCCGCCCCAAACCACGUUAUCUUCAAAAAGAUCUCCCGUGACAAAUCGGUCACCAUCUACCUGGGGAAGAGAGACUACAUAGACCACGUUGAACGAGUCGAGCCUGUGGACGGCGUCGUGCUGGUGGAUCCUGAGCUCGUGAAGGGCAAGAGAGUGUACGUGUCUCUGACGUGUGCCUUCCGCUACGGCCAGGAAGACAUCGACGUGAUCGGCCUGAGCUUCCGCAGGGACCUCUACUUCUCCCAGGUCCAGGUGUUCCCUCCCGUGGGGGCCUCAGGCGCCACCACGAAGCUGCAGGAGAGCCUGAUUAAGAAGCUGGGGGCCAACACCUACCCCUUCCUGCUCACGUUUCCUGACUACUUGCCCUGUUCAGUGAUGCUGCAGCCAGCUCCGCAAGAUGUGGGCAAGAGCUGUGGGGUCGACUUCGAGAUCAAAGCAUUCGCCACACACAGCACGGAUAUGGAAGAGGACAAAAUUCCCAAGAAGAGCUCCGUGCGUUUGCUGAUCCGGAAGGUACAGCACGCGCCACGCGAGAUGGGUCCCCAGCCCCGAGCCGAGGCCUCCUGGCAGUUCUUCAUGUCAGACAAGCCCCUGCGCCUCGCCGUCUCACUCAGCAAAGAGAUCUAUUACCACGGGGAGCCCAUUCCUGUGACCGUGACCGUGACCAACAGCACAGAGAAGACAGUGAAGAAGAUUAAAGUGCUAGUGGAACAAGUGGCCAACGUGGUUCUCUACUCGAGUGAUUAUUACAUCAAGCCGGUGGCUGCGGAGGAAACACAGGAAAAAGUGCCACCAAACAGCUCGCUGACCAAGACGCUGACGCUGGUGCCCUUGCUGGCCAACAACCGCGAGAGAAGGGGCAUCGCCCUGGACGGGAAGAUCAAGCAUGAGGACACGAACCUGGCCUCCAGCACCAUCGUAAAGGAGGGAAUAGACAAGACCGUCAUGGGGAUCCUGGUAUCAUACCAGAUCAAGGUGAAGCUCACAGUGUCAGGCCUUCUUGGAGAGCUCACCUCCAGUGAAGUGGCCACCGAGGUGCCGUUCCGCCUCAUGCACCCUCAGCCAGAGGACCCAGAUACCGCCAUGGAAAGUGCCUGACUUAAGCUUUGAUUGCCGAGGCAUCCACUUACUUCAAAGAGGCAUCCACUCCAGAGAUGGCUAUCUCGAAUAAACACACUGCCAGACACAGGACUAGAUCCCAGCCAGGCCGGCUCUCCGCACUGAGGCGCCUCUGUUUUAGAGAUUUCGGUUGAUUUCAGUAACAGAUCCUUCGAGCCACUUGUUCUUUUGUCUUAGUGCACUUUAAAUUCCCCGCUCUUCUGUUUUAAAACUCACCAAUAAAGAGUGAGCCCUCGAAACUCUAGACUUCCCCCCGCCUCGACCCAAAUAAAGGCAGAACACCCCAGGCCCAUGUCUCUGAGCUCUCUUUAUCCAUGACUUUGCUGUGUGGCCCCAGGUGCGCUGUGUACCUCCCAGGUCCUGUAAGUAAUAAACCUUUAUUUUCUCAAAGUUUCCGGAUGGUUAUUGCUGAAGGGCGUCUUGCAAU